UGUCUCGAGAAGAAGAGAGCAGCGUGAAGGAGUGAGAGCUCAGAGCUGUAUCAGUGCAGGUCCUGAAGCACGAGAGAGAAGAGAGAGAGAGAGAGAGAGAGAGAGAGAGAGAGAGAGCUAAUGGGCUCUUAUUACACGCGUUUAAACCCGUUAUUUAAAACGAUUCAUUUCUGGAAAGAGCAAGAAGGGAAGUGAAGAAAAGAGAUCAAAAGAAGAACGCCAACCGAUGUUUGACUUAAUUUGACAUGAGAGAGGAUAUCAGUUUCAUUUAUUUCUCUGGGAUGCGGAUUUUUCCCCUUCUUUUCUUGACAGCGUGCGUCUGCCCCGCAUCGCUCGUAUCACACGGAUAUAUACAGAGAACAAAUUAAGAUGAAGUGACCUUCGAAAGUAGUUUUUGACGGCGUACCGCUCGCUAGGGUUUUAUUUUUCCUCUAUUCGUGUUCACCAGCGUUGCACCGGGCACGAGGGAACGGCGGGAAUUGAUAGGGCACGCGCGCAGUGCUUAUUAAACAGCAGCUGACCACUAAAGCUCACAUCAAGCCAAAUAAAACACUACCAGAAGAAAUAACACCACUGAUUUUGUUAUACAGAAAACGCGGGGGCAUAAAAACGACGAGCUUUAAAACAGGUCGGUUCAUACGGUGGGUUUAGGUGGCGAGUGGACGGGACUCUGAUGUGGAGUGCUGCCCCUGAGCUGAGUGCCCACUACUAGAUCAGCAACUUCCUGCGCCUCAGGAUGGAUUAGAGCUUCACGCCUCCGGAGAUCAAAGGUGGCUGUGUGAAGGGGGACCCCCAGGGCUGGACCCAUGAGGAGUCAAAGAAGAUGCUCGCAGCCUGGGCGCCUCUGCUCUUCUUAGCCAUGUGGGUGAGAAACGCCACCAGUGGUCCGCUCUCAUUCAGAAUAGCUGCCAUUCUUGAUGACCCGAUGGAGUGUAGCCGCGGGGAGCGACUGGCCAUCACUCUGGCGAAAGACAGCAUCAACCGUUCCAGCAACCGCUCCACCACAGGGAAGCUGGAGGUGGACAUCUUUGAGCUGCUCCGAGACAGUGAAUACGAGACAGGGGAAACUAUGUGCCAGAUCAUGUCCAAGGGGGUUGUGGCGGUCCUGGGUCCCUCUGCCAGCCCAGCAUCCAACUCCAUCAUCAGUAAUAUCUGCGGAGAGAAAGAGGUGCCGUACGUGAAGGUGGCUCCAGAGGACAUACUGAAGGUGCAGUUUCCUCGCUUUACCACGCUGGACCUCAGGCCCACUAAUACAGACAUCAGCAUGGCUGUCGCUGGACUGCUAACGUUCUUCAACAGCAGCACGUCGUGUCUCAUAUGUGCUCAGGCCGAUUGCCUAUUAAACCUGGAGGUGUUACUGCGCCAGUUUCUCAUCUCCAAGGAAACCCUUUCCGUUCGCAUGCUUGAUGACAGCCAGGAUCCCACCCCCCUUCUCAAGGAGAUCCGUGAUGACAAGACUGCCACCAUCAUAGUGGAUGCCAACGCCACCAUGUCUCACGUUAUUUUGGAAAGGGCCUCAGAGUUGGGGAUGCUGUCAGUGUACUACACCUACAUCCUGACUUCCUUGGAAUUUUCUCUGCUACGAUUGGACGAUUUAGCUGAUCAACGAGUCAACAUCGUCGGGUUUUCAGUCUUCAACAGGACACAUCCUUUCUUUGAGGACUUCGUCCUCAGCCUCAAUCGAUCCUGGCAGGAGAACUGUGAUCAUGCUCCUUUUGCAGGAACACCACUUUCGUCAGCGCUGCUGUUUGAUGCGGUACACACGGUGGUGGCAGCCGUGCAGGAGCUGAACCGUAGCCAGAACGUAGGAGCCACUCAGCUCUCCUGCAAGUCCUCUAAGAUCUGGGAGCACGGCACAAGUCUGAUGAACUACCUGAGGAUGGUAGAGUUGGAAGGUCUAACAGGCCGCAUCGAGUUCAACAGCAAAGGCCAGCGCUCGAACUAUGCCCUCCGGAUCAUGCAGAACAGCAGGGAUGGCCUAAGGCAGAUUGGACAGUGGCAUUCAGAGCAAGGACUGUCCAUGGAGAGGAAGCUUCCAUCACUUAACGUGACAGACACGCUAUUCAACACCACUCUCACCAUAACAACCAUCCUGGAGAAUCCAUAUGUAAUGCUGAGAGCCAAUCACCAGGAACUUGAAGGGAACGAGCGCUACGAAGGUUUCUGCGUGGACAUGUUAAAGGAGUUGGCAGAUAUCCUGAAGUUCAAGUACCGCAUUCGACUAGUUGGGGACGGUGUGUAUGGCGUGUCGGGCACCAAUGGCACAUGGACAGGCAUGGUGGGAGAGCUCAUCAGCAGGAAGGCUGACUUGGCUGUGGCUGCCCUGACCAUCACGGCUGAGAGGGAGAAGGUCAUUGAUUUCUCCAAACCCUUCAUGACUCUGGGGAUCAGCAUCAUGUACCGAGUGCACAUAGGAAGAAGACCGGGGUAUUUCUCCUUUUUGGAUCCGUUCUCUCCUGGGGUUUGGCUUUUCAUGUUGCUGGCGUACCUGGCGGUGAGCUGCGUGCUCUUUCUGGUUGCGAGGCUAACACCUUAUGAAUGGUACAACCCUCACCCCUGCCUGAAGGGGCGCUGCAGCCUGCUCAUUAACCAGUAUUCUCUGGGCAACAGUUUCUGGUUUCCUGUGGGUGGUUUCAUGCAGCAAGGCUCCACCAUCGCCCCCAGAGCCCUGUCCACACGCUGUGUCAGUGGAGUAUGGUGGGCCUUCACCUUGAUCAUCAUCUCUUCCUACACAGCCAACUUGGCGGCCUUUCUCACUGUGCAGAGGAUGGAGGUGCCCAUCGAAUCCGUGGAUGAUCUGGCUGACCAAACGGCCAUCCAAUACGGCACCAUGCACGGCGGGUCCACCAUGACCUUCUUCCAGAACUCCCGCUACCAGACGUACCAGCGCAUGUGGAACUUCAUGUACUCCAAGCAGCCCAGCGUGUUUGUGAAGAGCACUGAGGAGGGCAUCGCCCGAGUGCUCAACUCUAAUUAUGCGUACCUGCUGGAGAGCACCAUGAACGAGUACUACCGCCAGCGCAACUGCAAUCUCACCCAGAUCGGAGGCCUGCUGGACACCAAGGGCUAUGGCAUUGGCAUGCCUCUGGGCUCGGUCUACAGAGAUGAGUUUGACCUGGCCAUACUCAAACUACAGGAGGAAAACCGCUUAGAAAUCCUGAAGAGGAAAUGGUGGGAUGGUGGCAAGUGUCCAAAAGAGGAGGAUCAUCGAGCGAAAGGUCUGGGCAUGGAGAACAUCGGUGGGAUCUUCGUGGUGCUUGUGUGUGGUCUUCUGGUGGCCAUCUUCAUGGCGGUGUUGGAGUUUGUGUGGAUGCUGCGUCAUACGCCAGCAACAGAGCUGUCCGUGUGCGAGGAGAUGCUACGAGAGCUGCAGGGCAUCGUGCUGUGUCAGGACAGCCUGCAGUUACGGCGCAGGCGCGGAGCCAGCGUGUUGCGACCGCAGCCUCUGCCCCUGGACGAGCGACGGGCGCGGGCGGCAGCGGCGAGCCUCAGCAACGGCAAGCUGUGCACAGGCACAGGCCUAUCCGAACCCCUCUCCCACAGACUCGCGCAGGAGGCCGCCUUGGUGGCGAGAGGGUGCAGUCACAUUCGCAUCUGCCCGGAGUGCCGGCGCUUCCAGGGCAUUCGAGUGCGCCCGGCCGGCCCUCCAGGAGCAUCGCCCAGCCACAGCGAGGAGAGUAUAGAGUGGGAGAACGGCACCAACAACAGUGAACACGAAUAACCUCUCAGAUCUGUGGCGGAUAGAUGUUAAACGACAGCUUUGCUGGACCCAGGGAUUAUGGGAGCACAGGCGCCGGAGAAGCUGUCCGUGCUGCUCAAUUCAGCCCAGGAGCUGCAUCUGGUUUCUGUACACUGUCCUUACAGCCCUCUGCUUUCGGAGGACACAGCAGAGGGGCUAUGUACUAUGCAGUAUAUUUGUCUUACUGUGCUGUUGGUUUAUUUUUAAAUUAUUCCUCUUUUGUUGUGAUACCACUAUAUUGCUAUUAUCUCCUUCUCACAACACCGGUUUAGUUUGGUUUUUCACACGGCGGACGGCUGCAGACUGUGUCAAACCACGCGCAACCCUUUUUUAGAGUGCCAAAAUACUUUGUAUUGAUUCUGUGUUGUUGCCGUCUCAUUCCGGCCCCUGAAGGAGUAACUAUCAAGAGAACUGAACUCAAAAACAACUAUGAUCUGUUUUUAUUAAUAGUCAUAUUCUAUUAAAAAGGUUUCUGAAUGUUUGACGUGCAUGUAAGAGGGAUUUAGAUGCUACUGAAUGAAGAAGAACAUGGGAAUUAUAUUUUUUCUGGUUGAAGACAGACGUUCUGUAUUUUGCCUUUCAUUCUUUUAAGUUUUGAUUCCUUUUAUUGCACCCCCCGGAUAUGAAAACUGCACAUAAUUGUUGGAAAGUGGAAGAUUAUGCGCCCAUUUAGAAAACUUGCAUUGGGAAACUAACUAGGAUUUAUGCCAAUUUCCAUUCACCCUUAUUUUUGCCAUUCCUGCGGGGCGCUUGGAGGUGUCCGAUGCGUUCACUUUCUAGAAAACAUCAGGAAAGUGAGAUCUGAGGUGAUUGCAUUCAUCUGUACCACUCAAUACAUGAUGAAAUCAACUACAGACAGGGUCACUCCAUCUAGACACACCUGUGUGACGAGACAUUGGAGAUCAUAGGCCUAUAUACAUUCAGGUAUUUCUUUAUAUUAAAUAACAUCUCAUGUUUCAUGUUUAUUUUCUUGUUUGAAACCAUGAAACGUUCAUUAGUUCAUGUGACAUCUUGGAGUCAUACUUUUGUUGAACACCCUUUUAAAGCUGGAAUCAGUUUUUCAACGCACCACAGCUGAAGCAGAAUUUGGAUACUAAAAUGAAAUUAUUUUAUUAGACAUGAUGUUACCCUUGCAGUGCCAAAUUGUAAUAAAUUGCCUUCACGUUUUGGAGAGCCAUUAGAGGUUACUUACUACCCAUGUUGAUUAUUUCUGUGCAUUUCUAUUGAACUGAAUCCAUUUCUACAUGAUAUUUCAAUACGGUGUUAGUGCCUGACAAAAAUAAAUGGCA